CUAACACAAAUGAAACAAUAUAAGGAAGAGCGGAGACUGAAAGCUUGCAGCAGUUUUGUGCUUGAUGUUUCUUUUCAAAAGCUGCUCAAUGCGCAAUUGCGCAGCCGAGAGACCUGAGGCUGAGACCACCGGCAGGGGAAGGGUGCUGGGAAACUACUGCGGCGUCCACCACUACUCUGGUCUGACACAAUUUCCACUAUCUGAGCUCCGAAAUUCCUUAGAAUAAUCAUAAAUUUCCUUCAGCCUGAGUCGUGGACGCAUCUGGAGGAGCUUUUCCAUCAACUGGAGCCGUUUGGAGAAUGCCACUGUACUGGACCUAGUCUGCAUAUGCUGUAAAUGCAUGUCACGAUGACAGAAGGCAUCAGGACUGUGGAUGCACUCAUUAAAAGUGUGGAUAUUUGAGUGGAAGCUCCCCACCAUGCACGCGGCGGACAUAGUCGCUUCCGUGUUGGUUUUGGGGAUAACUGUGGUGUCGUUGCUGUCCAAUGUUGUGGUGCUGAUCUGCUUUCUCUAUAACCCCGAGAUCCGCAAACAGGUACCGGGUCUUUUCAUUCUCAACUUGACGUUUUGCAACCUGUUGCUGAGUGUGUCCAACAUGCCUCUAACUCUGAUCGGGCUCAUCACCACGGGCCACCCCGGAGGAAGCGCCUUCUGUCAGAUUGUGGGUUUCCUCGAUACUUUUCUCACAACAAACUCAAUGUUGAGUAUGGCAGCUCUGAGCAUCGAUAGGUGGGUGGCGGUGGUGUUCCCGCUCAGCUACCACUCUAAAAUACGCCACCGGGAUGCAGUCAUAGCUCUGGGCUACACGUGGAUUCACUCACUUUGCUUUUCCACGGUGGCCACCUGCCGCUCCUGGAUCGGGUACCACCACCUUUACGCGUCGUGCACACUCUGCAAUGUCCGAGCAAAGGGAACCGGGACGCAGUUUGUCAUCUUCACAGUGGCUUUGCACUGUCUCACUUACCUCCUCACUCUGAUUGUUUUGUGUGUAACGUAUCUGAAAGUGCUGAAAGUUGCAAGGUUUCACUGUAAACGUAUCGACGUGAUCACUAUGCAGACACUGGUGCUACUCGUGGAUAUUCACCCCAGUGUACGCCAGAAAUGCUUGGAUGAGCAGAAACGGAGGAGGCAGAGGGCCACCAAGAAGAUCAGUACAUUCAUCGGCACAUUUGUGGUGUGUUUCACCCCUUAUGUCAUUACAAGAAUUGUAGAGCUCUACUGCCCAGGGCCCAUAAGCCCUCACUGGGGUGUGCUGUCCAAAUGUUUGGCCUACAGCAAAGCAGCAAGCGACCCGUUUGUUUACUCACUGCUGCGUCACCAAUACAGAAAGACCUGCAGCCUCCUGGCCAACAAAGUCCUCAAGAGGAGCCCGCUCAAUUCAUCUUCCUCUCAGAGGGUGGAUAAUCAUGCAGGAACGAGCAACACCACCACUAACAGCAUUCAGCCACCCACGAACAAACCAGCUGUCCAGUGAAAGGUCACCAAUUUCAGAGACGGUUAAAACAAAAGAAAUUGUCUUAAAAUAGAGCUGACAUCUCACUUCUGAGUAACACUCAAUAUUAAGGAGGUCGGACAGUGAAGUAACAUCUCUGUGAUGCUGUAAAAGAGAUGGUGAUAACUAAUUAUUUGAUUUAAAAAAAGAAUAGGAUAAACCACUUUUGUAGGUUGGAAAUGGCAUUUCAACACAAGUACGAUACAAUCUUUUUCAUCAAUCGAUGACAAUUUAUAAUCUGAUAAUUUUGUAGCAAUUUGGUAGAUAUGUGUCAAACAGCCUGUGUAACAUAAAGUAGAUGAUUUUGGUGAUGUGAUAUUUUGAAGCGAUAUUGUUGGAAAGCACAUCGAGUCAGUAUUUCUAAAAUCAAUGUCAGACUCGAAACAGACAAAAAAAAACAAGCCUACAUUGUUACUGUUGUCUGAGAUUGUAAAGGUGAUUCAUAUGUUGAUGAUGCUGUAAUUUGUAUUGUCUAUAGAAGUCACUGAUUUACAGUAAAUGUAUGAAGUAAAACCCUCUUGAUCUGAAUGGUAGAUUUUUACAAUUCUAACCGCAGCGUAACCUCUGACCUCAACAUGCUCAUGUUCUUGUACUGAAUUCAUUCAAAGCAUCAGAUGACAAAAGGAUGACUUUGACAGUACGGUGAUGUUAUAUGCACAGAUGUGUAUAUUAUUCUUUUUGCGAUUAUCACAAUGUAGCUACAUGGCCUGAUUUCAACAGUGCCUUUGAGACUGUGAACUAUGUGAAUUAAUCAAAACUCAACAGAGGAAACUUCACAUUUUCUCAUGUUGUUAAUCUGUGCCGUGCUAAGGUGUGACGAUAGAGCCUGUUAUGCAGUUUGGUCCCAAAUGUAAGAAAGUUUUCAAGUUCUGUUUCAUUUCUUAAAGGUUAUCCACAACUUAAUGCUUCAUCAUGCAGAGCAGGAUAAAAUGAUUUGAAUGUGGUACUGUAGCAAAUAUUUAGUGAAUUAACAUUCCAAUUUGUGCUGUAUGAGCGUGGGAGUUUGUGACAUCUAGGCAGUGGUGGAAGCAAGAUCAUCAACACAAACAUUGACAUCUAAGAGCCUACAUGAUUUCCAAUUAUCUACGCAAUUAUUUUUUAUUUAACUUUUUUUACAAAAUACCCACAGAUGUCUUCAACCGACAGUCCUAUAGACAAAUCUGUUCAUUUUACUUUGAUAUAUGAGAAAACAUAAGAAAAAAAAUUAUGAGGAGAACAUCCGAGGAAGAUUUAACAUGAUACUUGAAAAACUGAUCUUUUAGAUCAUCGUCAUAUUUUAGACUGAUUAAUUAAUAAGUUAUUCAUUAAAGCUGCCAGUAAAUCAGUUAGAGAAAUGUGAUACAGUAAAAAGUAUAACAUUUACCUCUUAAAUGUAGUGGAAUGGAUGUCUAGAGUAGCACACAAUGGAAAUACAGUACAAGUACCUCAAAUCUGUACUGAAGUGCAGUACUUAAGUGAAUGUACUUAGUUUCCACCACUGCGUCCAGGUCCAGUAAAAA